UGAAAGAACAAAUUGUGAAAAAAGAUCUGAAACCUUUUGUUGUGUGUGCGUGAUCUUCAGGCUUCAACUUUUCAGACAGAAUAACAAUUUUUGUACACUAAAACAAAAAUAGAGACAAUCGGGUGAACCGUUGUUGCUGCAGUGUGUUUUGACAGCUAAAUCAUCAAAUGGAUCAAGAAAUAAGCAAGGAUGAUGAUCAUGGUCUUACAGACAGAUUUAUUGUUGAUCAUGAUGAUGAUGAUGAUGAUCAGACGAUGAGAGAGGUUAAAGAUUUGGAUAAAGAUGGGCAAAUCUCAAUGCCUACACCUGAGCAGGAGGAGGAAGUGGUAAGGAAAAAGUAUGGAGGAAUGUUGCCAAAAAAGAAAGCAUUGAUAUCCAAGGAUCAUGAGCGGGCCUUCUUUGAUUCUGCUGAUUGGGCACUCAACAAGCAAGCUGCAGAGAAGCCUAAAGGACAGCUUGAAGCUCUCCUCCCAAAAUUACAGCCAACCCCACAUCACCAAAUGCGUUCAAGGCGCUUGGCUUAUGUUCAUGCUGAUGAUGCAGUUGAUAGCGGCAAUAAUCAUACCUCUGAUGAUGAUGAUAACAACAAGACACUGGAAGCUGCAAGUACGCAGUCUAAACAACAACCUGAGGAUUCAGUCGAUUGAGCUGUUGGUGUUGCCAACUAAGAUUGUGUUCUGAAACAUGAGAUUACUGGACGAUGAUUCAGGAGAUGCUCAUUAUAAUAAGUACUAAACGCUUCCAAGUUCUCUUAGAACAAAGGUCCUAAAUUAGUUCAUUUGUUUCAUUUCUACUUUGGUAACUGUAACAUGGCAUUUACUUUUGCUUCAUCGCAACAUGUUCUAAAGUUUAUCCUUUAA